AUGUGUUUCGGUGAUGAAGUACCUUUACAUCCUACACAUCUCGGUUUUGUUGAUCCUAAUUGUUUUGUCGAAGAGAUUAUCAAAGAUGCAUAUGAAAAUGCUCAGUUUUUAUGUGAAGGUUAUUAUUUACAAGCACCUUCAUUAGAACUUCGCAGAAUAAAUGCAAUAACUACUGACGAACCAAUUGCAAUAGCUUAUGUACCAUCACAUCUGUAUCAUAUUAUGUUUGAAUUAUUUAAAAAUUCAAUGCGUGCAACUGUGGAACAUUUAGAAAGUAAAAAGUCAAACAGUGUAUUACCUCCGAUUGUGGUUGAUGUUGUAAAAGCCAAGGAAGAUUUAACUAUUCGUAUUAGUGAUCUUGGUGGUGGCAUUCCACGAUCGAAAGCAGAUAAAAUCUUUCGAUAUAUGUAUUCAACUGCACCAAGACCUGUAUCAUUAACUGAUGCUCAGCAUUCAGGUCCGACACCACUUGCUGGUUUUGGUUAUGGUCUUCCCAUUAGUCGACUUUAUGCUCGAUAUUUUAAUGGUGAUUUAGUAAUUCAUUCGAUUGAUGGACAUGGUACAGAUGCAUACAUAUAUCUUCAAGCUGUAGAAGAUCAAGCUAGUGAAUGGUUACCAAUAUGUAAUCGUGCAGCCUACGAAUAUUAUGUUUCGCGUAGAUAUCAAUCAGAUUGGACAAAAAAGAAAUAA